UUUCUGGCUGUCGAUCUCCGUCGUUUCUAGAAAAUUGAAGAUUGUUUUGUUGCGCGAAGAAGCAUUUUAACAAAGUUUAUUAGGUUUCUCCUAAAUUUUCGGUGCUUUAUUAACUUAACAAUAGCUAAAAACAACUAAAAAAUGGCCAGUACGGUCAAGUACGACUGGUACCAAACGGAUACGACGGUAACGAUUACGGUUUUGCUGAAGAAUGCAGCGGAAAAGAACUACUCCGUCGUCCUCGAACAAAGCAAGAUCCUUCUGACGGCCGACGGAAUCGAGCCAAUCGCGAUCAGCCUCUGGGAUGCCAUCAAUGCCGAGCAGAGUUCGCACAAAGCUUCCCCCAGCAAGGUGGAAAUCAAGCUGGCCAAACUGAUCGGUCACCGCUGGGAAGCGCUGGAAAAACGGGAAGCAGUUCUGGCGGCCCCGGAGCCGACUGUGAAAAAGAACCAGCACGAUUGGGACAAGAUUUCCAAGGAAAUCGAAAAGCAGGAAGAGGAAGAUAAGCCCGAGGGCGAGGCAGCUGUGCAGCAGCUCUUCCGGAAGAUUUACGCCGAUGCCAACGAGGACACCAAGAAAGCUAUGAUGAAGUCAUUCUACGAAUCCGGUGGGACCGUGCUGAGCACAAACUGGUCGGAAGUCGGAGCCCAGAAGGUCGACGUUAAGCCCCCGGAUGGUUGCGAGUUCAAGAAAUGGAAUUAACCACUUUCGGAUAUUCAACCGGCAUCGUCAAUGUAAGUCAUACAAAAACAGUCAUACUUGCUGAACUUUUUUUUCUGUUUUGAUUUUUAAUUCACAUAAGAAUUUGUUUCGUUUGAAUAACAUUUAACUCGAUUUAAAUAAGAAUGCGAUAUUUAUGAAAACUA